AUGUUGAUUCUCAACUCCAAACAACAUGGCCCCUCGGCUCAAAGAAAGCCCCAACGGUUCAACCUUGGCGGCAUUCUCAAGAAAAACUUUGCCUGGAAGAAAUCUGUCAACUCCUUGGCAUCCACGUUGGAUACAGUGCAGUUGGACUAUCCGUCGCCUGCCAUUGCUGGAAUUGAUGCCAUUCCGGGCUCUCCUCCCCAACGAAAAAGCUCCGGUGUUCUGCAAGCCGGCCUGGUGUUUGCUGGCAAAUCCCACGGCCUGGUGCCUUCGGCGUCUUCUGCGUUUGGCGACAACUAUACGACUUACCCUGCUUGUUUGUCUGACGUUCUGAUUCCCAGAUCUGAGAAUGCCCCCAUGUCGUCAAGCGAAAGUAGUGCCGAUGACACUCCCUUCAAUACCGAGUGCAUUUCGCUUCUGAACAGUGACUUGACGUCGGAGAUGAACAUGGACAAUGUGUUUGAUAGUUAUUUCUGCUGCUCUAAACCUGCCUCCGCCGAAAGUGAUGUAAUCUCAUUCAAUGAGCACUCCGAGGAGAAAAUUACAGACUAUAGCAUUUUGGGCUAUCAUCCAGUAAAGAUCGGUGACGAGUUCACCUCUGAUAUCAGCCGCUACCGUGUGCUCCGUAAAUUGGGUUGGGGCCAUUUCUCUACUGUGUGGCUUUGCUCUUCGCUCAUCUCGGGCCAAUUCGUAGCUCUCAAGAUUGUGAAACUGGGUAAGAACUACACCGAGGCUGCCUUGGACGAAAUAAGCAUCCUCAGACUGCUUCAGGAGGACGACAAGGGCUAUCCAGUUGAUGACAGUCCAGUAGUAUCAUUGUUAGAUCACUUUACAAUCCAGGGUCCUAAUGGCACUCACAUUGCCAUGGCAUUCGAACUUAUGGGUGAGAACUUGCUUCAUUUGAUUUUCCAGAAUAAGUCACAGAAGUUUGCUGCAGCAAGCCAGAAAGAGCCAGUCUCUCCCUACUUACUCCCAGUGGACACCCUCAGACUGAUUAUCUUUCAACUUUUGCAAGGCACAGAUUACAUGCACCGCCACUCAGUCAUCCAUACAGACAUUAAACCAGAGAACAUUCUCAUUACACACAAAGCUGAAAUUUCCGGGGACAUUUUUCCUCUGAAAAUCCCUACAAAGUUUCAGAUCUUGCCUUCUCAACCAUUGCAUCAAUCCACCUCAGCAGAGGAGCCUAUAGAAAUUAAAGUUGCCGACUUAGGCAAUGCUACCUUCUGCAAUUUGCACUUGAGCGACCACAUCCAAACCCGUCAAUACAGAGCACCGGAAAUCCUAUUGGGUCACAGUUGGGGCGCCCUGGCUGAUGUAUGGUCGAUUGGCUGUCUCAUUUUUGAGCUCCUCACUGGUGACUACUUAUUCGAGCCCAACCUGGGUGCUUCCUUCACGAAGGAUGAGGACCAUUUAGCACAAAUUAUAGAGCUUCUUGGCGUCUUCCCCUCGAUGGAGUAUGCACAAGACUGCGAGCGUUACCGCAAGUACUUUCUGGACAACAAUUCAUUGCGCCACAUCUCCAAAUUGAAGUUCUGGUCACUAGAAAGUGUACUCGAAGAAAAAUACAAAUUCGAUAUGGCUGACGACAAUAUCAAGUUGCUCUGCGACUUACUACUCAAGUGCUUGAGAUACGAUCUCAGUGAGAGAUACGACUGUGGAUCUCUCAUGGCACAUCCUUUCUUCAAGAAAGAUGCAAAGUUUGAUCAACGCGAAUGCGAUGAACUUCCAAACAACAAUUUUAACGUUCCAGGGUUCACUUGCGAGGAGCAAGCUCCCUAA